AUGUCGGCGACACAAAAUGGUUUGGUCGGUGACCUAAAUUAUUACACAGACACGCAGAUAAAAAUGCGCCGGGAAAAGGUGAAAGCUGCCGUGAAUGCCGUACACAGUGUGGUCGACCCUAUUUUGAAAUAUGUUCACGACGAAGAUCCACGAUUCAGUCAUCAAACGUGGAACUCGGGAAGCUACGCCUCGGGGUUGAAAGUCACUGAACCGAACGAGUUUGACUUCAUUGUUCCAAUGGAAGGUUUACCGAAUUUUAUUUGGACAACUCCUGACAAGCCAGCCUACUACACCAUAGACGUACGCGGUCAGUUGGUUGAAACCACGGUUCCGCUUCCAACUCCACCCAAUGGAUACCAUAAUGUGAGAUUAUCAAAUAUUUGCAAAGAGUAUAAUGAUAUGAAGAUGGCGGAUUUCCUCGUACCGUUUAAGGCGAAGACUAUAUUCAAAGGGCUGGUCACAAACGCCAUCAGAGAGUGCAAACUGCGAGGGUCAGUCCGAGUGUUGAACAGAACGCAUGGUCCAGCCAUAACAUUGAUGGUGCCAUUCGGCGAGGAGAGGAUAUCGGUAGAUCUUGUGCCAUUAGUUCCUGCCAAUGGGUGUGGGCUCCCACCGAAAGUUCUCAAUAACUGGCCUCGUUCGCGGCUCUGGCCGCCAAAGCACAAAGUUGAAGAAGUUAGGAAGAUUGGGGCAGGCUCUGUUGCCAAAGACAAUUUGUAUUGGCUUACAUCAUUCAUGCAAUGUGAAAUAGCUCUGCUUGAAGGCAUUGACAGCGAUGAGGGGUGUCGUAAACAGUGUUUACGUUUACUGAAGAAAAUUCGUGAAGACCACUGGCAAUCACCAGCACUAUCAUCCUACCAUUUGAAGUGUGAGAAAUAUCCAAACAGCCACGACUGGUCACGUGGGAUGCUAGGACAACGUUUCCUUGGAUUGGUUGGAAGUCUGUUGAAAUGCCUCCGUGAACAGAAUUGCCCGCAUUACUUCAUUCCAAGUAUCAAUCUUUUUCGGAAUAAAGAGAACAGCAAACUGAAAGAACCCGAAAACUUGUUAUUGAUUGCGGACAAAGUUCAAGAGUUUUACGGGAGACCAUGUUAUUUUAUUGGUCAAUGGAAAGACGGCAACUAA